CUUUCAGAAAAUGUCGAUCUUCGCCUCCGCUUUCGACAACAUAUCUUCACCUUCAAGGAGAUUUAUGGAUGAACUUAACAAGCUUUUGAGUAUUUAAGACUUCCUGUUGUGGUCAGAAAUACUCUGCUGCCAACAGAAACAGCUCGACUGUUAAUUCACUUCUAAUGUUCCUGGAAGCUUAUUUGAUUUUGACUGUUGACUGAGCGUGUGAAUCUAUAGAUGAGAACCACUAACCUAACUGUGACAAAAUUUAAACUUCCAGUAACUGUUGUGAUACUAGAUUUUUUGGUGGUGUUCUGCUAAGGAUGCAUGUCAGAUCUAACGUUGAUGAUUUGUGACACAGAAAGCUUUGCCUGUGAUUGUUCUUCAAUUGUGUUCUCCAAGGUUAGCUGGCUCACAAGGUAACAGCGAAGGAACAUGUCCACCGAACUUCUACAGAAUUGCUCGACAACACAUUGCGGAAACACAACAUAUAACGGAAAUAUGACAAGCUCUGCUCAGAUAAAUACCCCCGAAAGUAACUCUAUGGCAAGGCUGGGAGAGGCAGAGAUGCCCUUCAAAGAGACGCUAAAGCUAAGUUUACAAUUGUUAAUUGCUCUGUUCGGUGUAGUGGGUAACGUCUUCGUGAUAAUUAUCAUAAGUAGAAUGGGUAUGAGGAAGACUGGGGUGGAUCUCUAUCUCGUAAACUUGGCCAGUGCAGACCUCGGCUACUUGUUGAUAACACUGCCUAUUGGAGUAAUCAAAGAGAACCUUCCAUUUAAAUGGCCUCUUGGAAAAUUUUUCUGCCUCUUCCUAGGUCCUAUUACUGACUUAUUCAUCGGAUCAUCCAUAUGGUUUAUUGCAAUUAUUGCCAUACAGAGAUAUAGGAAGGUGCUCGCGCUUCAAGCCAAACGCAGUGGCGGAAGAAAGACUUCCCUGAGAACAGAUAAAAUCGUUGUGGGGGUCGUGUGGCUAAUAUCAUAUUGCUUCUUUUCCAUUCCACUCAACAUUGUUUACAAAUAUCUGGAGAACGAUGAAGCAAAGUAUUGUGGUACAGUUUGGCCUCAUUGGGAUAAAAAGUUUAUACUAUUGCGCACAUAUGUCGCGGCGCUAACAUUGUUGUCUUAUAUAUUGCCACUCUUUGUGAUAGCACUGACCUAUAUUGGAAUAGCACGCAGAAUUGCUCGCAGCAGCAAAUUUCUGAAGGAUAUGAAAAUGACACAAAGCGGCGAUUCACUAUCAAGUGAUGAACGUUUACGUUGGUCCACAGUUGAAGCAGAGCGACUUAAACAGAACAAGCGAGUGAGGAAAGUCUUAACGCCUUUGGUGAUGAUGUUUGCCUUAACCAUGCUUCCUCUAAAUGCGAUGCGUAUCGUCCUUGCUUCAUGGCCAGCGGUCGUCGGUCAAAGAUACUAUAAUGAUGUGAUAUACGUUCUAGUGUUAUUUGUUGCAGUCAAUUCGUCUUCGAAUCCUGUAAUCUAUUCAUUGGUCAGCAAAAACUUCCGUCAGGCACUGAAGGAAUUAACACACCGUCGACAUCGUUUUUCCUGUAAUUUUGUUUCACGUUCAUGGCAACCUGCACAUUCAUCUCACAAUCAGAUGCCCGCUUUUUAUGUGAACAGUACUUUUAAGACGUCGGAAACAGCAAUUCCGAGUUCAACGUCACAGAUUUCCCUGUUGGAACACUCCUCCCCUAACACUGUUAGAGGCAGCCUCGCUGUUCUCACUAUCCCUCAGUAGGAACGAUGACCGUGGUAAUGCCGUGGACGGCGGCAGUAGAAAAAAGACUUUCGAUGCAUUCUCUUUCCAUAUCAGUAAAAGGAUUGUCUUCAUCUUACUGGUGGAGAACAAGUAUCAGGGAGAUAAAAUGAUGCGAUUACACAUCGGCUGUAAUAAAGUGACGGUGGAACUUCGCACCGUGCAAUAUCGCCUCUGCAUAAUAUUGUUAAGACUGAUUCACUUCUAAUCACCUAACGAUAUCCUGGGAAAAGCGUCUUUAGAAGUUGUUACAACACUGGAAGGCGGAAUGCUAGCGCAGAAUUUACUUGUAUUGUUCAAUAGGUUCACUAAGUCGCUAGGAUUAAUCAUUGUAUGAUAUUUCUGCAUGCAGUACAAGAUUUAUAUAUAAAGUGUUUUAGUGUUUUACCGCGUAAGUUUAGUUUUCGUAAUAAAAGUUUGGUGUUAUAUAAGACUGUAUGAGAGAGUAGCUUGAGGAAACAGUAGUAUUGUGCGAAGAUGAUAUUUUGUGGACUGGACGGUUACAAAAGUAGCGCGUUGUCCUUGUAAAACUAUGGUUCCACCUAAAAUAAAA